GAGGAGGUGGGUGCUGUGGUGGGCCAGGCACGAUCUGACAAAAUCAAAGCUGCAGGAAAAUGAUCAGUGAGGUACAGAGAGAUGGAAGGAUCUUGGAUUUGAUUGACAAUGCUUGGCAAGAAGACAAGCUACCUUAUGAAGAUGUUGUGAUGCCACUGAAUGAGCUUCCCGAACCUGAACAAGCCAACGGUGGCACUACAGAAUCUGUCAAAGAGCAAGAAAUGAAGUGGACAGACUUAGCCUUGCAGUACCUCCAUGAGAAUGCUCCCCCAGUUGGAAACUGACACGUGGCUCCUUUCUUAUGGAUGCAUUUUUAUAAAAUACAUAGAUACAAAAUGUUUUCUUUUAGUCCUCUAAUUCAAAUCUUUGAGUAGUAAAUCAACACUCAAAAAUGUAUAACCAGUUAGUUUACAGUAGCAAAGUGUGAUCUGAAAAUAUUCACCAGAAUGAGAAACUAAGAUUUCUCAGUAAUGUACAAUAUUUGACUCUUUAAACCUAAAACUCUUCAUUCAGUAGCUUGUUUAAACGUGAUUGGUUAAACAUUUGCCUUUAACUCUGAUUUCGCUUUACUGUCAAAGUUUAACACCUCCCACCUACUUAUAUGUGUCCUGUGACACAGGUGAUUGAAGAUAGGAGAAGAAAAGGCAAAGAGGAAGCCAGACAGAAGGAGAAUUAUUAACUUCUCAUACCCCCACUUUGAGAAGCAUUCUGAGUGGAUUUAGCCUGUAGAUGUUAUGGAUCUAUAGAUAUCCCAUUCACUGAUUACUGGGAUUCCUAAGAUUCUCCAUGGUAUUUUCAAACUUUUGUAAAUUUACAGAUUAAAAAGUUAUCUGACAGUUAA